CACUGCCCCGCGAUCAUGGUAUCCACCACAGAGGAGAUCAGAGACUCCCACCAAGGCAUUGAUCGCGAUCAAAUCACUCAAGACAACCAGUUCAAGUCUCCCUUCUUACGUCUGCCCGCCGAAUUGCGCAACAGUAUCUACGAGUUCGUCUUCUACGGUAGUGCUGUACGGCUGGUUAGUCCUUGCGCCCACAAGGAUCGGUCUUCAAAAGUGGCAAGCCGCCAGUUCAUGCACACCUGUCGUCAGAUUCGUACCGAGGCUUCGACUAUCUUCUACGCCCAAGCAUCGUUCGAUCUCACCCAGUUCAUCUUUGUCGAUGAAUCUGACGACACCCUCAACGUCUUCUUCAACAGGGUCGGUAAUAUUCACAAGGCCUACGACUGCACCGCCGUUCAGACUAUUGUCCUGAGUGAUAGCGCCGCGGACGUCAUGUUUUACGCAAUAGUGGACCUUAGCGCUAGUACGCAGCUGCCUGCCAAUCAUCUAUCUUUGAAGCAGGUGCGCUUCACACCUGCUGUGUUGCCUUUGGAUGAACUACAGGAAAUGGUGGAUGAAUUACAGGAUAUGGUGGAUAAAAUACAAGGUUGCUUCAAUAAUGUGAGCCUCGAACAACGCGCUGAGUAUCCAUAGUCGUCGAUGGGUUGAUAGAUUGGAAGGUUAUGUGGGAAUGUCGUCUUUAGACGUUUCCUGAUGUCUUGAUAAAUUUGGGACAUGGAUUGCUCGUAUCAGCG